UCGAAAACUUUUUCAUCUGUAACAGUUGUGGUGAAUUGUUCGUUUAAUAUUGCAUAGGAAUGUAAUCUUUUGGGUGACACCUGUUAGUGUAAGGUCGACUAAUAUUAACUUGCUUCAGUUUUUUGCUCUGCUUGGUGGUCAACAAAAACUUCUGAACAAAGAAACUGUUCUCUAUUGCUGUCGGUUUUGAGGUGGAUUAUCUUGCCUGCAAAAAUGAUCUGUUUUGUCAAACCUAUUAUGCUCAGUUUGUUUCCUCGUUCCCCCGUCAUGUGAAUUUGAACCAACUUCCAAAUGCAAUAAGGAGUGAUGAGCAAGAGAUUGAGAAUGCAAACACAGGAGAGGCAAGGUGGGAGGCGUUGUGGAAUGAAGGCCUGGGAUGGAGUCAAAUACUUUUGUUUGGACGAUCUGCCAGAAUCAGGUUGUCUCAUUUACUCCUUUGGAAUCUCUCGGGAUACAUCUUUUGAAACACAAAUGGUAUCCUUAAAUUGUACUGUGUAUGGAUAUGAUCACACUAUUGGAAUUCCACCAACGGGACAAGAACUUACUCCAGGACUUACUGUUUACGGACAAGCAAUUGAUAAUGUCACAGAGAAAAAAAAGACGACCUUCUAUGAUGCAAUGGCCAGUCAUGGACACUUGGAUAAGCCAAUAACAUAUUUGAAGGUAGACAUUGAAGGCCACGAGGUGAAGAACUUUCAGAACUGGAUGGACACCAACGCUUUAUUGAAUGUCCAACAAAUUGGCCUUGAGAUGCACACGCACAAAAGACAUGAAAGUUUCAUUGCCAUGGUGAACAAAUUGGAUAGUAUGAGCUUCAAACUUAUCUCUUACGACGUAAACUCUUGCGCCGGACUGAUCAAUGGUAUUUCAACUUUGUUUGAAGUCGUGUUCCGACGUGUCCAUGAUCAAAAAAAUAUUUGCAAUUACUAUUUGGAUACCUCGUAAAAAUGCAUUCCAUUCCCGAGUAUACCCUGGUUGACGGAAUUUGUUAUUGACCUUGAAAGUUUGGAACAAUGGAUUACAUGGAUAUGAAAACAACAAUAAAAAGAAAGAUGAAAAAAGUCAUUAGAGCAGG